ACCAAGAAGUAAAGCAGCUACUAAAGCAGAUGGCCGAGUCUGAGAGAAACUCACUGUUGCCAUCCGCUCUACAAAGUGCUGUCCCACAGCGCCAUCAGCAGUACAGUUCGUUCGAUAACCAGGGUCUGUGGCUUGAAGAAGAGGCCCAAACCACAGAAGAAGCAAAAUCGGUGGCAACUGAUGUAGAGAAAGACGAUGAAGAUGAAGUCCACAUGAACGAGAGCGAGAGCGCUGUUGUGGACACAGAAAACUUUAGAGAUAAACUAAGUGGACCGGAAAUUGUGUUUAGACUGAAAUUUGCACACAUUUAUGGAAGCCUGGACUGGCCAAGCCAUAUUCGUCGCCUUGACGCCGAGAGUCGGGAAGAGGUGCACAGAAAUGUCCUCGACACUCUCAGAGAACAGCCAAUCGAUAUCAGGCAGAAAAUAAGCCUCUCAUGCUAUCUAAGAGAGAGUUUAGAUGGGACCACUGCGGCAGAUUCCUCCCGAAAUCCCAAUCGAACUAAAAAGAAAAAGCACAGACUUCAUAUACCAAUAAGAGACGGUUUGUGGAAGGAGCAAAUCACCAAAAUAUCAGCUUACUUUGGAAGUCAUGUUGCAUCUUAUUUUGUGUUCCUGCGGUACUUAGUCUACAUGGAUUUUUUUCUUCUUGUCGUCGUCCUGGCCUUUGUCACCCUACCCCAGAUUAUUUCCGGUGAAGACGCGGCUCCGAGGAGACUUGAAGGAGAUUUUGGUGUGCUGUCAACAAGCGUGAUGUUUUACGGUGCCUACAGCAACACCGUGUGGGGCGAGUACGACCGUCCGUUGGCCUACUUUAUCACCUGGCUCGUUGUCAACGCUGUUUGCUUUCUAGCCCUCGUUGGGAGCAUGUAUAUCCGCUACACCAGAAGUAAACAAGCCGAGACGAGCAGGGACGAGUUUCCUUACUGCUGGAGGUUGUUCUCCUCCUGGGACUACACUUUAACAAAGCCAGAUGGCGCAUCACUUCACACCACCGCUAUUGUUACUGACACAAAAGAGAGGAUACGCGAUGAUCAUUUAAAGCAGAGAGGCUACUUCCGUCAGGCACUGAGACUGGCUACUGUGCGCGUGCUGGUCAACAUCCUGGUACUGGUCAUGCUAGCGGUCAGCGGCUAUCUCAUCUACGUCGUGGCUGCUAGUCCAGAUCCGGAUCUCUAUCUGCCUGACGUCAUCAACAGGACACUGGCCACCUACAAGUUACCUCUGCUUAUGUCUGCGCUCAAGCUGCUGGUGCCCCUCUUGCUGGAGCAAGUGGUUCGCCUGGAGAAAUGGCAUCCUCGGACAGAGGUCAAGCUAAACUUGGCCAGAACGGCGUUGUUUUACUUGGCAUCCUUAGUCAUCUUUCUUCUCUCCAUCUACGAUGUGUCUACCGAUUGCAUCCGCAACAACAAUAAUUCGAGCUCGUGCGCCUUCUGCUGCUGGGAGAACGACGUGGGUGAAGACGUCCUCAUGGUCGUGUUCAUCGACCUGGGCCUCAUCCUCCUCGCUGGACUUCUCGUUGACGUCACCAGGGCUAUCGCUGUCACUUGUGGCUUUUUCACAUGGCUUGGUUACCGUGAGUUCACCGUGUCAUCCGAAGUUCUUGACCUUAUAUACGCGCAAUCACUCGUGUGGCUUGGGCUUUUCUUCUCGCCGCUUUUAGCAGGCGUCGGCUUUCUCAAGCUGGUCAUCAUCUUCUACUUCCGCUACGUCACGGCACGUCUGUGCAACGUACCUCCCAAGCAGAUGUUCCGGGCUUCGCGCUCAGGAAAUUUCUUCAUGUUCAUUCUGCUGAUUAAUUUUUUUGUCUGUCUCUUCGUCAUGGCGUAUGCCAUUAUUGAGCUUCCUCCCUCUGAACGCUGUGGGCCUUUCAUGGGAGAGAGUCAAGUGUACACCGUAAUGACGUCACGGGUGGGUGACAUGCCCUCGUGGCUGCGUGACGCUGUGCUGUACGUCUCCACGCCCGCCAUUGUGGUUCCGGUUAUUCUGUUGCUCUUGUUGGGGGUCCUGUACUUCAAAGCCAAAUCUUCCUCCUACAGAAGAGUGAUAAGAAACUUGCGUGAUCAGCUCAAAUUCGAGAGACGAGUGGAAAAACGCCAGCUAUUCGCCAGAGCUAAACUACAAGAAAAACGGGGGAUAAAAAGAAAAGUCGUUGCCGAGGACAAACUGGCACCCAAUCCCAUUGUGAUGCCUGGUACUCUCGCUGUUGCCAGCGGUUCCGCCAUAACAGAUUCAGAUGUCGUUACCUCUGGAGAAACGGACAGGAAAUUCAGUAGUCCUCAUGGAAUAGCCUCCGUGGAACGACGGUCCAGUAUGUGCUAGUGCUAGACAGACAGCCAGUGUGGAGUCCACAGUGGGUUAAGGAUUUAGGACGCUCACAAUGCUUCCAACUGAAUGCACGUUUAUAAAGGUUCAGACACCAAACGUCUUGUUACAGAAAAAUAUUUAUCGCUUUGUUAUUUAGACAUAUUGUCUUCAGAAUUGUUCCCUUCUCGUGUACUCAAACAUGUAUGCUAUAGUUUACAUCUGGCGAUCACCCUAGCGUUUUCCAAAAACAAACAAAUCAAAACAUCUUCAAAGUCCUUGGUUAUUCCAUUCAGUAAACAAGACUCAUUUUGCUCUGCCCUAAGUAAGUCUCCAUAUAAGAUUGUCACACAUAGAGCAGGACCCCACGCCGCUUCUGAUCCCCGUUGUUGGCGUCUUCAUCUGUGUUGCCCGAGCAAAUAUUAACAGCUUCUGCAAGUUGUAAGCAAUAAUAAAUCCUUCACUUACAACCACUCUUUGAGGAUUAACAAUUUAGCAUUUUCAACAAGACACUUCUGAUUCAUUAUUUUAGUUACAAAUGUAGCAUCAUCUCUUAAACGUUCACGCAUUGUUGUUGAAGAUGAACAUUAAACUGAUCCAUCCCUCACCCAUCCACAAAAAAGAAGACAUGCGCGACAGAAUCUGAGAAAUGGGAAAAAAAGAGCAACAACACCCAGUGGCGAUGGAAUCGAUGACUUGCAAGUCAAGGUCGCGGCCAAACGGAGUGAUGUCGAGGGCGCGUGUCGAGAAAACACAGGGUCGAGAAACUUCCCGCAAAACAUCUUCAUCCACAGGUGCACGAGCGAGAGCAGAGGAAUUGAUUAAUUGAUCACCACAGCAACAGCCACACUAGGCUGCGGUUUUUCCUGCUACAAAGUCGAUGCGUCCGACACCUCGGGUCGAAGAUUCGAUUGGAAAAGUGCGAUGCAUGGACCUUCCCAAUUUUUUUUUUAAUAGAAAAUGUAGGAAUGUUUGUGUAUUAUCGUAGACAAACCUACCACUACCUCUCACAUUGCUGAUACAGUUGUCGAUGGGUGGACAUGCCUACAUGUUUUCAUUUGAGCAAGCGAUUGCAAAUCCAGAAAAAGUCUUGUUUUCACUUCGAACACAAUCAGCUGCAUGAAUCCGAUUUUUGAGUGGUAUUUUUCAGGAGAGAACGAACUGGUUUUGGCUAAUUGUGCAUGCAUACGAGUACUUGCGCAUUCCUCUUUUCCGCCUAAGUAGGGCAGGGGUUGUAGGGGUCGUGUGGGCGAGCGAGGUAUGAUACAAUAAGUGGCUAACAGUGUAUGUAGCGCCACUUAAUGUGUUCGUUAAACCCAAAAUUGGUAAAUAAAUUUCUUUUGUUAUAAAUCAUUAUUUGCUCUUAUUUUGUUAUUAUGUUUUUUUUGAUACUCCAUAGCAAACAUUUCUGGCUACACUGAAAUAAACAAUACCAAAGCAAGGC